GGCGGCGCUGACGGUUCCCUCCCUCGCCGGCGCUGCGCACACUGGUAGAGAUUUGGGCGGUAGUUGAGGCGGCGGGCCGGAGCGCGGGAAGGCGCAGGUAGAGAAUUGGGCGGGAGCUGAGCCGGCGGCCGAGGGGUGCGAAGGCGGGAAAGCGGGUAAUCGGGAAGCGAAAAAAUGGCAAUCACGACCCUUUGCGCGGCUUUGAAGUUGCCGGCCCCGGCGGCUGUGGGUUGUGCGCCAUCCAAGGGUGGUCUUCCCUCGAUUUCAUCUCCCGCCGCCCACUUCGCUUCCUCCGCUGCUUCGGAGUCGUUCUCCUUGGCGGGAAGAAUAUCGUCACCGGCGCCGGCGGAUUGCUUCCCGCGCUUGCGCCGACUGACCACCACCGCCUCCGGCGACCGAACAGUCAUUCAAUCUUUCAAUUGCUCCCCCCGCACUUUGAAUGGUGCACCGUCAGCAACGCGGUGUGUCCCCUGCAGUGCCGAUAAAGGUAAUAUCGGGAAGAGGAGGACGUCCAGUUCGUUGGGGUCUAGCCCGACUACGAGGUUCGCGGUGUGGGGAGAUGCGGAGAAGGCUCGUGUGAGAUCCGAUCAGCAGAGCAGUGGGAGUGGCAGGGGGGUUCUCUCUCACUGUAGGGGAGUCGAAUCGAGGAGGAGGAGGAGGAGGUUGGUUGUGAGAGCUAUGGCGUCCGACGGGAAAGUAACGGAGACUCAGGUCGAGGAUAAGCUCGGCAUUCGCGUGGAGCAUAAUCCGUCAGAAGAGAGGCUGAAGGAGAUGGGAGUACGGCAGUGGCCGAAGUGGGGUUGCCCUCCUAGCAAAUUUCCGUGGACUUACGACGCUAAAGAGACGUGUUACGUGCUCAAAGGAAAAGUGUACGUUACGCCGGAGGGACAGGAAGACAGCGUGGCCAUAGGAGCUGGCGAUCUCGUCGUCUUUCCCAAGGGAAUGAGCUGUACUUGGGAUGUUCAGGUCGCAGUCGACAAACAUUACAACUUUGAGUAAUAAGAAAGAACUGAACGAACAGCCUCUCGCUCUGUCCUUUUGUGCCACACACAACCUGCCUCUCUCUCCCUCUUCUCUCUCUCUCUCUCUCUCUUUCACACACACACACACACACACACAGACAGCACACACACAGACAGAGAGAGAAACAGGGAACCCCGCAAUCAAGAGAGAGAGAGGGGAGAAGAGGGAGAGAGAGAGAGAGAGAGAGAGAGAGAGAGAGAGAGAGAGAGAGAGAGAGAGAGA